CCUUCAAAAGCAAAUCACAAAUCUCCAAACUUCUUCCAAUACAAAAAUCAAACACUUCAAACACUCUCAGAAAUCGAUAACUGUAGCAAUGGAAACCACCGGAAAAGUGAAGAAAGCUUUCGGAGGAAGGAAAGCCGGCGGUCCAAAAACCAAAUCGGUUUCCAAGUCGAUCAAAGCCGGUCUCCAAUUCCCGGUCGGAAGAAUCACUCGUUUCCUGAAGAAAGGACGAUACGCUCAGAGGCUCGGCGGUGGUGCUCCGGUUUACAUGGCCGCCGUCCUCGAAUACCUCGCCGCCGAAGUUUUGGAACUUGCUGGGAACGCUGCUAGAGACAACAAGAAGACGAGGAUCAUUCCGAGGCAUCUUCUUCUUGCGAUAAGGAACGAUGAAGAGUUGGGAAAGCUUCUGAGCGGAGUCACGAUCGCACACGGUGGUGUUUUGCCCAACAUCAACUCCGUUCUUUUGCCUAAGAAGACUGCUUCCAAAUCAACCGAAGAGAAGGCUUCCAAAUCACCAGCCAAGUCUCCUAAGAAAGCUUAAUUAGUUUCUUAAUGUUUUGUUGGUAGUUUGUAUUGGUCUUUGGUGAAUGUAGUUAAUCCAAGCUUUUUAAUCUUUAUGUAUUUGGUUUUUAAGCUUUGUUUUGUUCAGAUUUCAAUUCCUAAUUUAUAAGAUUUUUAUGUUCUAAUCUC